AUGGCAUCGAAGCCGAAACGACGAAGGACGGAAGAGCUAGAUGGGACGGAGACGAUACUUUUGGGAAAUGAUCUGAAACAAAUUAAGAAUAUCCUACUGAAUUUGAAGGAAAUAAAAAAGGUUGAUGCAUUGAAAUUAAAAGCAAAAGAAUUUCCACGAAUCGGGGUUACACUGAUGACUGUCCUAUGGAAAUGUUCCUUGCAAAAUUUUGAUGAUGAGCCGCAAUGGUUACAGAUUCUAAAUGAUGUUUUGUGUGUUUUGACAAAUAUCUAUGAGAUGGUGCCUUCUUUAUGCUCAGAGCUAGCUGAACCACCCGGGAACUUUGCGAAUAUUGCAGUUCGUUUGCUGGAAAGUGGUCCGAAAGUACCAAUGGAGACAAAAUGCGAAGUAUUUCGUUUGAUAUGUAAUGUUGCAACAGAUCAACGAUGUAUGGAAUUAAUUGCCGAAAAUACCCAUCUGGUGGAUCGUAUAGCAAUGGCGAUUGAUCAUGAAGUAAAUGAAGUGGCGAAAUUGGCUCUCAAAGCAGCAAACUUUCUAGCAGUUAACAAAAGUGGUAUCAAAGUAAGUUCAUUAUUUUCCAAAAUCAGCUACAGAUGCAUCGCGUUUUAUUUCUAA